AGAUCCGUCAGUUGUGUCAAGCUAGGCGAUCGAGUAGGACGCUCUUUAAUCGUUCCACCUCCAAAUUUCUCUCCCAACCGCCCGCCUGUUUGCUAACCGGAGCCACGCGCGCACAAAUCACAAUAAUUAACAAUCACUGCAACCACUUACGCCCUGUCAUCACCGUCAUCUUCACUACUGUCGCCCACAACUGUCAACACUUCAUCGCUCAAGCCUAUCGCAGUCACCGCCGUCUGUCACCAUCAUUCUACGUCUCUAUUCGAGUACAUAGGUCGAAUUCAAUCAAGAAACUGUAAUACAUGUAUAUAUAAAGAUCAAAUAACUACUGGAAAAGGGAGCAACUGUACAUACAUAGACAUAUAUAUAUAUAUAUAUUACUUAUUUAUAUAUCAUCAAACAAUAAGAAGGCUUUUUAUUUCGAGCGUGCGUGCACAUGUGGAAUUGUGUGUGUGACGUAAGACAGCAGUAUACUCUACUUUGAAAACUAAAACACACCGAACGAGACAAGACGUCGCGUGUUCUCUGUAAUCACGUGCCACGCCGUCUUGCCGGACAUUGCUUGAGCAAUUUUAACAGGGUGGCGCGAACAAAUUAUUACCAAGUGAAAAGCAGAUCACAUUCAUCAAGCUUUUCCAUCGUUAGUUGGUGUUUUUUGUUUCAUUUUGUUCAUUGAGUGAAAUUAACUGAUAUAUUUCCUUUUAAUGUUAUUGUUGAUUUUUUCAAUUAUAUUCAACGACUGGUGGCUUUUUUAAUGACACUUACAUUAGACAAACGUCGUACGAGCUUUAUUCUAUUUGAAUUAAUAUUACUAUCAACUAAUAAUCAUCAACAAAUAAAUAAAUAAUUAAAAGUGAAAAAGAAGAAGAAGGUAAAUAUAAAAAUUUUCAUUGACAAGAAACGCGUCAAGACAAUCAAGAGUAUUUAUUAUUAACUUGUCAGUUAGUCUAUAGAAGGAACGGCAAUAUAUAGAUAGAUGAUUUAACCAAGAAGAAAAUAAACAACAAAAUUUUGUUGAUGAGUGUGAGAGGAAUAUGUAAUGGUAACUUGUCGUGUAGGAGUUACGAAUAUCACUGCAUACUCUCACGCUCUGCUAUUUAGUAGCGAGCGUAAAAAAGGGAAAAUAAAUAUAUCAACGUCUAUACAUAUAAUAGGUCUGUGUACCUACGAAUAAAUUUGCACAUAUCUGUACUGUAGUGUGUGAGCAGAAAAAAGCCAGUCUUCAUCUCUGCUUUAUCAUUUUUAUCUGCACUGACUGCAUUUAUCUUUUUUCUUUGUUAUCUCUGUCUUUUUUUAUCAAAGAGAGUACUCUUCUUAUUGACUGAGCGCGUGGUCUCAUUUCGCGAUUGACCUUGCAACGCCGAAGGACAAAAGAGCAUAAAAGCACCAGGAACGAACGCCACCUUGUGACAAUCAUAUCUCAGUGUCUCUCUUUACUCUUCUCCCUCUCUCAAUACACUUUUUGACACUUGAAUAUAUAUAAAUAAAUAUAAAUAUAUUUAUCAGAAAUCCCGCUCAAUCGCACGUACAAAAUUAAAUUUACAAAUUUAAAUAACAAAAUAUAUGCAAUUGAUGGAAAAUAGACAAAAAAAUAGCAAUUGAUAUUGUGUAAAUAAGUUAAUGAAUGCGACAAGAGGUAGUAGUUGAGAAGAUAAAAACAAAGUAUAUUGAAAUAGUUCCAAUUCGUGUACCUACGUCGUUUCAAUUAAUUUAUGUAAGCGUGAUUGACAAUCAUAGCUUUGCGCGUGAUUAAGAAAUUAAUAUCAGCGGAGAUUAAACUCCCUACUAUAUUUUCUCUAGUCACAAUUGUCUCCUCAUACUCUUGCUGAUUCUCAUCAAUUUCCCAGUGCCAUUUGUGCUAUGAAAAACAUACCAAUUGAUCAUCAUUUGUAUAAAUAAAAACACCACUGAGGAAGGAAAGGUAAACACUUGACAUUAUCAGAGACUAAAAAUUCCAAUUUUGCCGUAGAUACAUGUCAUGAAUAAUUGAUUAGGAUUUUAACAAUAAUAAUAAUAAUAAUAAUAAGUGUGUGUGUAUAUGUAACCCAUAAAUGGUAGUAGCUGACAAAUAAAUAGAUUGAGACUGGAUUCAUUGGUGUGUAAGCUUAACAACAUCACCAAGUAAAGUACGGGAAGCUUAAGUGAGAGUAAGAUUGAAAGAAGCAAGAAGAGAGAGAGAGUAGGACAAGGAUAACAGGCCACGGAAAUAAGAGUGGAGGUAGGAGGUAACAAAGUGUCGUGGCAAACAACAAGUGGACCUCGAGAGUUCAGGGCAACAAUAAAUUUGUUGGAGAAUCAGUUGAAACCACUUGACAAACAUUCGUUGGCCGAACAAGCAACAAGCGUCGUGGCAAUUGCAACUCUACUGAGAGCUCGGGCGGUAAUCAUCAACGCCUGGGAACGUUGCUAUCAAUUGAAUCAAAAUAAGCCGGGCGAGCACGACAACGUGAGCGCCGCCGAAGGAGGCUCCACCGCCAUCACCACGUAUUUUCAUUCGUAUUCGUUUGUGCCGGGAGGUGCGGUACCCCUGCCACCGGCCCUGCACAACACGCAUCCGGGAUUUACCGGUGGUCAUCACUUGUUUGGUCAGCAGGGUUGCAGUCUUGCCUGCACCUGCACCUGCACCUGUACCGCAAGCAUCGUCUCGGCAGCUGCCGCAGCUCACCAUCCUCAAUUACAUCAGCAUCAUCGUGCCCUUGGCACAGCCUCCGCCACGGUUCUCCUCCAGCCCGUCGAACAAAUCAAGGACGCCAUGGUGAGUGUCCCCAUGAGUGAAUUUCUGCAACGAGUAACGAGCACAUUUGACCUGCGGAGAGGAAGUGAUGAACUCCUAUCACAAAGUGGUGCUGUUAAUAAUGGUGCAUCAAUGAGUCCGCAGCCACAUCAUGCUACUGACAACAAUAAUGAUGCAAAGAAGGCCAAAUUGGACAAGAGUCAUAAUGGCAAACCAUCCAGAGUCAUUCACAUCAGAAAUAUCAGUCAUGAAGUUUCAGAAUCUGAGAUCAUCAAUCUUGGCAUGCCUUUUGGUAGAGUGACCAACGUUCUCGUGCUCAAAGGAAAAAAUCAGGCAUUCUUAGAAAUGGCUGAUGAAAAUGCAGCAACGACGAUGGUUGGUUAUUAUGCAUCAAGCGGAGCAGCAUUGAGAGGACGUGCUGUCUAUGUUCAAUUCAGUAAUCAUCGGGAACUCAAGACUGACCAGGCUCACAGCAACGCGGUCAGUAGUCCCACCACAAACAUCAUCGCCAAUACGCCCAACAACUCAAACACGCAAGUGGCAUUACAAGCAGCGGGUGAAACACAAGGAGGACCAAACACUGUAUUAAGAGUUAUCAUAGAGCACAUGAUUUAUCCUAUUACGUUGGACGUACUUCAUCAGAUAUUUACACGCUUUGGCAAGGUUUUAAAAAUUGUUACAUUCACCAAGAACAGUACAUUUCAAGCGCUCAUACAGUACUCGGAUACAAUAGCGGCACAGAAUGCUAAAUUGACUCUUGAUGGACAAAACAUUUACAAUUCCUGUUGCACACUCCGUAUUGACUUCAGCAAGAUGCAGAGCCUCAACGUAAAGUACAAUAAUGACAAAUCAAGAGACUAUACAAAUCCAACAUUGCCUACAGGUGAUCCCAAUCUGGAUGCAGCAUCGCUUGCACUUGGGGGUGAAUUGCUUCCCCAGCUUCUUCUUGGCGCAGCUGGCACACAGCCACGAGCACGUUUACCUGUAGAGUCAAUUACAGGGGCGCCGAGCGUCCUAGCAUCGCCAUUCGCUGCGAUGCACGGGCUACCAUCACCACUUGGAGGACCUUACGGUAAUGGUGUAGCACCAGGUGGAGGAAUAGCUGGUCUUGGUGGAUUUAGUCUUGGUGCUGGUGCUUUGGGUGUCAGAGUUCCAGGCAGUCCACAAAUAUCUUCAGUGUUGCUCGUCACCAAUCUUAAUGAGGAGAUGGUCACGCCUGACGCUCUCUUUACCCUGUUUGGCGUUUAUGGGGAUGUACAACGUGUGAAGAUUCUUUAUAACAAAAAAGAUUCAGCCCUCAUUCAAAUGGCUGAACCUCAUCAGGGUCAUUUAGCAAUGACUCAUAUGGACAAGCUCAAAGUGUUUGGAAAACAAAUUAGAGUCAUGUUUAGUAAACAUCAAACUGUACAAUUACCAAAGGAGGGCCAACCAGAUGCGGGUUUAACCAAGGAUUACACCAAUAGUCCUCUACAUAGAUUCAAAAAGCCGGGUUCUAAAAAUUACCAGAAUAUCUAUCCACCAAGCGCAACUUUACAUUUAUCAAACAUUCCUGCCACUGUAACUGAGGAUGAAAUAAAGGAUGCUUUUACGCAGAACGGUUUUACGGUAAAAGCCUUCAAGUUUUUCCCGAAGGAUAGAAAGAUGGCCCUCAUUCAGAUGCCUAGUAUGGAUGACGCAGUGGCAGCUCUCAUUAAAAUGCACAACUAUCAGCUUAGCGAGUCUAACCAUCUGCGAGUUUCCUUUUCAAAAAGUAACAUCUAACAAGAGAGAUCAUACUUCGAGGCUCAGUGGUUGCAGCCGUACACCCUUGUUCACUACUGGCAUUCUAGUACUCUGUAUGACUGAUAAAUCUACUGACUUCACAAAUGGUUCAACGAUGGAUUUUCUAUUGGUACUACAAACCCUUUACCAUCUUAACAAAGCUAGAAACUCGCCCAUUCGUCAAUGUCCUUUGACCGUAACAAUUCAGGGAAAGCUUGAUCCUCUUCUAGGUGCUUUGCGGUUUUGUUGGUCAGGUUGUCACAUUCCGAGACAGAACAAAUGCGUGUAGUUUGCGAAACAUGUUGCCUGAUUACUUUUUUUAUUUAUUUACUCGACAAAGCGAAAGACGUGAAAAAUAUUUGAAAGAAUAAUCCUUUUAAAAGGAAAAUAUGACACAGUUUUGUCACUUUCUGGAUAAUUCUGGCCUUUAUGAAAGAGCUUUAUCAAGUUUCUAACAGUUUCGAAUUCUCUGGUAGUUAUUUUGAUUGUCUGAUUGAAAUUGUAAUGGAAAUUAGCUCAACGUUUUGACAAAUUAUGUAAGUUCCUACUUCGAGAUUGUUGUUUCCAAAGAAUCACAAUUAUCUCGUGUUUAAAUGGAUCUGAUGAACUUGCAUGUGAAGAGAAUACGGAAGAAGGGCUUGCCGAAUUAAUCAGUUUAAUUAAACUCUUGUACAGAAUCCACAUGUAUAUCAUAAGAUACAUAUAUAUUUUACAAGUAAAUCGGCCGCACUAGCGCCCACAAUUACUGGUGAUUAUUAUUAUUAUUAUUAUCGUUAACAUUAUUAUUAUUAAUGUUAUUAUAAUUACUAGAAUAAUAAUAUUAAUAAUACUGAUAAAAUGUUUAUCAUUAUUAAUAAUAUUAUUCAUUAAGAUUUUUUUAAGUAUUGUGAGACAGAUGAGAGGUUCUUGUUAUUUAAAACCAUAUAAUUAACUUAUAUUAUCAGGCAGUCUCCAUGGCUUUUUCAAGGUGCUACUAUCGUUUUAUUAUGCUAAUGAAUGAUUCCUGGUAUUUUGUAAUUAAACGAUAGCCGCAGCCAUUGAGAAUGUUUUGAUACAAGUGAUGAAAUGAAAAUGAUUUUCUGUGACAUGAUCUAUUUUGAACUGGUAAAUAUCCAGUAUUUCAUAGUCAAUCGUUGCAUUAAACGUUGACAGUGAACUUUUCAUUAAAAUGUUAACUGAAGUAAUACAAGACGAUCGUGCUAUUAUUUACAUAAAUUAGCACAUCUGAGGUACAAAAUAAAUCAAAUCAAUCAAAUUCUUUAACCGUCUUUUGUUCACUGGCAAUGUGCACGAUUCUGACUGCAGCUAAAUACAAGAAAUUUUAUUAUUUAUAACUUUUGAUUAAAAAUAAGUAUUACACGCACACACAAUCGCCGAUACAUCAAAGUAUACAAACGAACAUUUUAUUUUUAGUUUUUCCAUUUUAUUUCUAUUUUAGAUAAAGAGUAUAGGUUUUUAGUGAUAUUGUAAAAUAGAUGAAAUGAUAACGAGUAAUCGUUUAACAUAUCGUCGUUCCAAGUUUGAAUCUAAACAGACACGUUUGAAUAUUUUGUUGCACUACAAACUUGACAGAGAUUGAAGGAUCAAUGUAAUUAUACAAGAGCUUGAAUAUGAUUUAUUUUAUGACAAAUUAAAAAAGAAAAAUGUUUCACAGAUGUUUACGUUUUAAUAAAAAAAAUGAAUACCGUCUUCCAUCGGCAGCUCAAUUGCUCCAUUUACUAUUUUCCUUCAGUCUUUGCUCGUGUCGGUUUUGUGACAAAUCGAGAUUUCAAACGAGGUGAUCAUGAAUCUGGAAAUAUAUAGUCGUGUAAGAUAUCAGUACGUGCAUAGAUGCAUUAUGAUAGUUAACAGAACGUAGUUAUUUAAGACAGGCCCAGAAGGAAAAUUCUGAAUCAUGAUAAAAAGAUAAAAAAUGAUAAAUAUUUUAUUCUCAACUGGCCUGAUGAUAUAUAAUGAAAAAGUAACAUUUUAAUAGCCUCGAUUCAUAAUUUUUUUCUUAAACCCAAGUAUCAUUAAAAGUUGAUAGUAAAAUGAAAAACAAAAAAAAAAGAGAAAUGCGAUAAAUUUUAUUGUAAAAGUAUUGAAGACGUUUGAAGAUUAUAUCCUAUAAUUAAAAAAAAUUUUAAGUAACAAUAAUACGUGAUAAUGUCGUUUUCGACAAUUUCCAACAGUAAAAAAAACUCGAUUUAUUGUCGCAACUAGAUAAGUUUGUAGAAUGCUCCAAGUAUUUUGCGACAGUAUUCGGGCAAGUCGCGAAUUUAAGCUAAAAAGCAAACUCAAUCUUUAUAAUACGCUAAGCAAACUGUACAUUUUGUCUAACCGAUAUGACAUGCUCUGUUGGAGUCAAUUACAUUUCAAUGGUACUGUAAAAAAAAGCGCGUGAAUAACUGUGUAAAUGGGAAUGAAAGCGAAUAUUGAAUGUUUGAAUAAUUAAACAGAAAAAAAAAAUAAAAAAUUAUAUUAUAAGCGAGUGCCGGCCCGGGCAGUAGUAAUUGUGCCAAACUAGGCUAAUUCUUAAUUUUUUAAUGGGACGUACAUUGGUGAUACCUAUAAAGAACUGAGUAAUAUUUGCUAAUCCGGAAACUAUGUAUUUGUAUUGACCAAUUUGCGUACAAAUAAUACGCAUUUAAACAUCAUCAGCCGGCAUGAGCGAACGGGGCCAGUCUUUAAAUCUAUGAUCUGUAUUUUUAGAAUCUCCAAUCGUAAACUACCCUUUUACUUUCACAUUUAAUUGUGUCAUUAAAUAAUCUUAAACAUUCUUCUUAUCCGGAAUUGAUUUAUGCUUUUAUAAUUAGAAACACGAAUAAUGUCUCCAAACACCUUAUAGCAUGCGCACAAACGAAAUAAUCAUAGUAUUAUUUUGCAUACAACGGCGAUUAUUUUUAUUAUAUUUUUAACUGCUUAAAUUUAUUAAUUAUGUUUGCUAUUAUUGUAAUGAUUUUAAUCAUAAUUAUUCUUAUUAUUACUGUAACUAUUAUAACAAUUUUUCUUAUUUUAUAUUUUUACUUUUUAAUUGUCUUUUACUUUGAAUCAUUCAAUAUACCAUUUUUAUUCUUUUUUUGUCUUAUCCCUUGGUGCGCAUUUCACCUCCUUCCUUAAUUAUUAAUCAUUUUCGUGCUUCCCAUGUAAUUUUAACAACCAUAUAUUUAUUAUCGAUUUUACUUUAUUUUUUUUUUUUUUUGUAUUUUCAUAUUAAUCAGUGUGCGCGAAAUAAACUUCCUAAUUACUUUUUUAUAAAAAUCAAACAAAAUGUUAUCAUAAAUUCGCAUUAUAUUUUCAUACAAAUUAUUGUGUCAUAAAAUGUAACAAAUAAAAAUGAAUUCCUUUUAAAUAUUUAAUCAAUAAUUAACAACUAAUUAUAUUAAAGAGAUUCUAUUAAUGUCAGACACAAUAUCUCAGUUUUGUUUUAUUAAAAAAAAUACAGGGUGGUUAAAAGUUCUUCCGUUUUUAUUAUUUGAAAAAUUUUUUAAUAGAAAAUAAAUAAUGAGAAUACGCCCUGUAUAAAUAAUUAGCUGGAUUGAGGGGGGCCGAUGUGAGAGUUGGAAUAGCCAGCACUCGCUAAGUGGUGUAACAAAUAUAUUAAGUGAAAAAAAAAUUUUAAUGUCAGCAGGCCGUGAGUCUAUUGAUCGUACCUUACAAGAAAGGACAAAUAUAAAGAGAGAAAAAAAAUAGGGAAGAUGAGACAAUUUUAUUUAGACUGAAAGUAUGCGCGUUGAGAAAGUUCAAAAGAUUUCAUACCCAGAUAAUUAUAGAUAAAAUUUAUUUACUGGCCAAUUGUGUAUAAAGUAUAAAAAAAAAUCAAUUUCAUAUUGCAACAUCUUUAUUUGUGUAUUUUAACGGGUAAAUUCAGCACGCGCGCGUAUACCCCUUAAGAUAUAUUUGAUAUAUUUAAUGAUGAUGGGGGGUAUGUCUCAGGUGCAAAACGGCUGCAUUUCUAUAUUAUAUAUAUUUUAUUAAUAAGUGAUUAGUCUACGGUACACUGUGAAUUAUUACAAUUAAUGGAGAAUUAUAUAAAAAUCUACACGAUUAUAUUGUAUAUGAGGUUGCAUUGCAUAUUCACACUUAUCACCCAGCACAUGCAUUUUAUUCGACUGAAGAAAAAAAAAAAUAACAAAAAAAUAUCAAUGACAUAAAUAUUCAUUAAAGUAUACCCAUUAUUAUCUUGUUGGUUUCAAGUGACAGUCAGGGUACAGAGAGAGUAUAAAAAUUUUUUAAAAUUGAUCGACGUGUAAUUUAUAAUCAAUCACCUCAUUAAGAUGGGUGAUAAUGUUUUGCGGACAAAAUUUACAGUAUAAUAAUUAGAGUUUCACUCGACUUUUGAUUAAUUGGUAAUCAUAGAAACGUUUAAAUAUUAAUUACUAACGAUCAUAGUUAAAAUAAAUUUAAAUGAGAAAAAAUUUAAAUUUAACGUUGGACAUUGACCAAAAAAUUUCACAUAAUAAUCAUAUAUGAUUAUCUAUAGAAAUUGUAAUAAAAAUUUAGCGAGUAUAAAGAUGUAUUAUUUCACUUAAAAGAGAAACAUUGUAUAAAAUAAUAACAUGUGGUAUUAUAAAUCAUGAGGGAUUGGGUGUAAGUUUGAGUUAAAACAAUUAAUUCUUACAUAUAAAAAAAAAUCAUGGUAUUAUCUAUAAAUACUGUAGCUAACAUAGCUAUUCUAUAUUCUAUUGUACUACUAUAAAUUUAUCAUUUUAUUCAUAUUAUGUCUGCAUCAGUGUUAAAGAAAAACAGAAGAAGAGGUAUGAGAUAUGACGUAGAUAGCCUAGAGAUUUUUCCAAAUACGUGAAUAUUAAAUAUUUACUCGAGGUUUACACAUUCUACUCGAGGUUUCUGCUCGCGACCCUACCCCCCUCCUUUUCACACCUUUACAUCAGUGACACUUUUUGAAGCAUUCAAAUCCCUUUUGGAUAGCAAUCAAGUGAAAAUAAUGAAAAAGAAAUGGGGUUUAAGAUUAUUAGACAACAAAAAAAAAAACAUGUAUCAAACUAAUGAUUAGUCAUAAUUAAUAAAAUUAUUAUCAGCUUCUUUUUUCAAAUUAAAAAAAUAAUGUGCAUAUUUAAUGACAAUCACUCUCUAACCGAUUAAAUGAAAAACUAACAGCCCCAAACUAUUCAAGCUGCCACGCACUUCUCACCUAUAUUUCAAAUACUUGAUUAUUUUUUAUUGAUGAUCACUAAUGUCUUCUCUUUUAAACUAUAAAUAAUGACGGCGUUCACUUAAUUAUUAUUCCUCACGCCCAAAAAGAAACUUCCAAUGACACUUAAAUAUUAUUGUAUUAGUCUUCAUAAAUGUUAAACAAAUGCCGCCGUCAUAUUUCGCUUCUCAUUUUCCUAUCGUCUUAUUGCCCUUCUUUUCUAUAAUUCCCGGUAGAUCAAAAUGUGCCCACAAUGUUUAUUGCUGAUCCCACUGGAUUCUAAUUUUUGUAAUUAAAUGUGUAAAAUAAAUAUUUUUACUAGUCAAUUGUCAUUGCACUCUUGAAAGAAAAUUAUAAUAAAUAAAGAGUAAAUUAAAAAAAAAAAGUGAUUAAUAUUGAUAUAUAGCUAUAUUAAACUAUUUAAAACUUUUUUUCAACCUCCUGUGUGUGGAUCAGCAUGACAAUGAGGGUCCUUGACUAUCGGUUUUGCCCAUUGGAUGAAUAUAAAAAGACUAAAAUAAUAAGUUAUAAAAAUCAUUAUUGGGCCAGGAAUUGCGUUGCAAAUCACAAUCAGCUCAGCUCCGGCAAGACAAAUCAUUUUUUAAAAAGAGAACAAUUGUCAGAGCGGGCGUUUUACGGUUAAGCUCUUAGUAAGUUCAUUAGGUUUAGUAGAUGAAAAAAAUAAAAAAAAUCCCCUCGAAACAAAUGACGUAUCUCACUUGAGAUUAAGUAAACAAAAAUAAAAAUAUCCCUCACAAUCAAAGUCAUAAUUGUUAAGAAUUGAAAUGUACAGAAACUGUAUUAAAAAACAUUGCAAAAGAUAGAGAAAACAGAUGAAGCAUAUUUAAACAAGUGGGUAUGAAUGUACAAAAAAAAAUAAGCAUAAAAUUAUGGAAAUAAUUCACCUCGAGUGAUUGCGCGUUUAUGUUUAAUGGAAAAAAACAAUAGAAAAUAAAUUACAAGUUGCAAUGUCAUCUGAUGCAGCAACUGAUCAUAUGAUCGAGUAGAUGAUAAUAUGUUAGGAAUAAAAUCCACGUAUAAUUUUAUGAUACGUGAGACUGCGUCACUUUUUUCUUUUUUACACCUAAUAUAUAUGUAAUAAACAAAAAUAUAUAUAAAUAUAUAAAUAUUAACAGG